AUGGUGCUGGCCGCAGCCAUGAGCCAGGACGCGGAUCCCAGCGGCCCGGAGCAACCCGACAGAGAUGCCCGCAGCGUGCCGGGUGCACCGGCGCCCCCCGCGGCCCCCGCGCCCCCAGGCCCGCGAGGGAUGCCGCCGCCGCCGCCGCCGCCGCCGCCCCCAGCCGGCCUACCGCAGAUCAUCCAAAAUGCCGCCAAGCUCCUGGACAAGAACCCGUUCUCGGUCAGUAACCCGAACCCUCUGCUUCCUUCGCCCGCCAGUCUCCAGCUGGCCCAGCUACAAGCCCAGCUCACCCUCCACCGGCUGAAGCUGGCACAGACAGCUGUCACCAACAAUACCGCAGCCGCCACGGUCCUGAACCAAGUCCUCUCCAAAGUGGCCAUGUCCCAGCCUCUCUUCAACCAGCUCAGGCAUCCGUCUGUGAUCAGCGCCCCCCAGAGCCAUACGGGGGUUCCUCAACAUGCUGCGGCCAUGCCCAGCGCCCGGUUUCCCUCGAAUGCCAUUGCCUUCUCACCCCCUGGCCAGACGCGAGGCCCGGUACCCUCUGUGAGCCAACCCCCCAAUGCCGUGGUGAUGCAUCCUUUCAGUGGAGUCCUGCCUCAGACCCCUGCCCAGCCAGCAGUCAUCCUGGGCAUUGGCAAGACUGGGCCUGCCCCUGCUGCGGCGGGAUUCUAUGAGUAUGGCAAAGCCAACUCCAGCCAGGCAUAUGGCUCUGAAACAGACAGUCAGCCCAGCUUCCUGCCAGCCACGGCCUCUACCACGGGCAGUGUGACCUAUGAAGGGCACUACAGCCACUCAGGGCAAGAUGGCCAAGCUGCCUUUCCCAAGGACUUCUACGGACCCAACUCCCAAGGGUCGCAUGUGGCAGGUGGAUUUGCGGCUGAGCAGGCCGGGGGCAUGAAAGGCGAGGUAGGUCCGCUGCUGCAGGGUCCAAACAGCCAAUGGGAGACCCCCCACGGAUUCUCUGGCCAAAGCAAGCCCGAUCUUACAGCAGGCCCUAGCCUGUGGCCUCCACCCCCCAGCCAGCCCUAUGAGCUCUAUGACCCCGAGGAGCCCACCCCAGACAGGACCCCUCCUUCUUUUGGGGGUCGGCUAAACAACAGCAAACAGGGUUUCAGCGGUGCCCGGAGGCGGGCCAAGGAGGAGCAGGCGAUGCUGUCCGUGCGGCCCCUGCAGGCUCAUGAGCUGAAUGACUUUCACGGUGUGGCUCCCCUUCACCUCCCACACAUCUGUAGCAUCUGCGACAAGAAGGUGUUUGAUUUGAAGGACUGGGAGCUGCAUGUGAAAGGGAAACUACACGCUCAGAAAUGCCUGGUCUUCUCUGAAAAUGCUGGCAUCCGGUGUAUACUCGGUUCAGCAGAGGGAACGCUGGGUGCCUCUCCCAACAGCACAGCCGUUUAUAAUCCUGCUGGGAACUCUGAAGAUUAUGCCUCAAACCUUGGAUCAUCGUAUGCGGCCAUUCCAGCAAGGUCAUUUGCUCAGUCAAAUCCUGCAUUUCCUUCGGCUUCCCCGGGGACAAACUUUGCACAGCGGAAAACGGGUGCUGGCCGCGUGGUGCACAUCUGCAAUCUCCCUGAAGGAAGCUGCACGGAAAAUGAUGUCAUUAACCUGGGGCUGCCUUUUGGAAAGGUCACUAAUUACAUCCUCAUGAAAUCUACUAAUCAGGCCUUUUUAGAGAUGGCUUACACAGAAGCUGCCCAGGCCAUGGUCCAGUAUUACCAAGAAAAAUCUGCCAUGAUCAAUGGUGAGAAGUUGCUCAUUCGGAUGUCCAAGAGAUACAAGGAAUUGCAGCUGAAGAAACCCGGGAAAACGGUGGCUGCCAUCAUCCAGGACAUGCAUUCCCAGAGGGAGAGGGACAUGUUCCGGGAAGCAGACAGAUACGGCCCAGAAAGGCCACGGUCUCGCAGUCCGGUGAGCCGGUCACUGUCCCCGAGGUCCCACACGCCGAGCUUCACCUCCUGCAGCUCUUCCCACAGCCCUCUGGGCCCCACCCGCACCGACUGGGGCAACAGCCGGGACUUGUGGGAGCACUCGCCCUAUGCCAGAAGGGAGGAAGAGCGAGAUUCGAGCCCCUGGAGGGAGAAUGGAGAGGACAAGAGGGACAGGGCAGACGCGUGGCCACAUGAUCGCAAACACUACCCCUGGCAACUGGACAAAGCGGAGUUAGAUGAGCGGCUGGAAGGAGGGAGGGGCCACCGAGAAAAGCACCCAAGGCCCGGGUCCCCCAGCCCGCUGCACUCUGCCUCGGGCUACAAAAGCCGAGAAGACAGCUACUACCGGAAGGAGCCCAAAGGCAAAUCGGACAAGUAUGUAAAGCAGCAGCAGGAAGCUCCCGGGAGGUCCAGGAGGAAAGAGGAGGCCAGGCUGCGGGAGAGCAGACACCCCCACCCCGAGGACUCAGGCAAGGAAGACGGGCUGGAGCCGAAGGUCACUAGGGCCCCUGAGAGCGUCAAGUCUAAGCAGAGUGAGAAAAACAGAACCAAGAGACCUGAUAGAGACCAAGAAGGAGCUGAUGAUAGAAAAGAAAGCAGAAUGGCGGGGAAUGAGGCUGGAAAAGAGGAGCAGGAGGGCAUGGAAGAAAGCACCGCAUCAGUGGGCAGGCAGGAGAAAGAAACAGAAUCCUCUGAUGCAGAGGACACAAGGACAAAGGAGCAAGACUGGGAGAGUGGAAGUGAGGCAGAAGGGGAGAGCUGGUAUCCGACUAACAUGGAGGAGCUGGUUACAGUGGACGAGGUUGGGGAGGAGGAAGAUUUUAUUAUGGAACCAGACAUCCCAGAACUGGAAGAAAUUGUGCCCAUUGACCAGAAGGACAAAAUCUGCCCAGAAAUAUGUCCCUGUGUGACGUCCACCUUAGACCUGGACGUAACCAAGGAUUUCACCAACGAGUGUGUGAAGCCCAUAGGUAACGGGGCUACGGAACUCAGCCUCAAGUCACCCAAAGAUCUGCCUCCUGCUUCCACGAGCUGUCCCAGUGACAUGGACGUGGAAAUGCCUGGCCUAAAUCUGGACGCUGAGCGGAAGCCAGCUGAACGUAAGACAGACCUCUCACUGGAGGGUUCAGAUUGCUACGAGAAGCAGGCAAAGGGAGGGGAGAGCUCCGAUGUUCAUCCGGCCCCUCCACUCCAGCAAAUGUCUUCCCCCAAGCCAGCAGAGGAGGGGACCCGGCAGCCUAGCCCACCUCUCGAUGACUGCAAGUCCGGGGGGCCCCCCGAAGAUGGGGCAUGUGAAGGCGGUCCCCUGGAGGGGAAAGCCAGCCCCCGCACCGAAACUGACCUCCAAAGCCAGGCUUGCCAAGGAGUGUCCACCCAGGAAAACUCCAGGUACGUGGAAGUAAAAUCUUUGGAUGUGAGGUCACCGGAAUACACGGAAGUGGAGCUGAAACAGCCCCUCUCUUUGCCUUCCUGGGAGCCCGAGGAUGUGUUCAGUGAACUUAGCAUUCCCCUAGGGGUGGAGUUCGUGGUGCCCAGGACUGGGUUUUACUGCAAGCUGUGUGGGCUGUUCUACACCAGCGAGGAGAUGGCGAAGAUAAGCCACUGUCGCAGUGCUGUUCACUACAGGAACUUACAGAAGUACUUGUCCCAGCUGGCCGAGGAGGGCCUCAAGGAGACCGAGGGGGCAGGCAGCCCAAGGCCCGAGGACAGCGGAAUCGUGCCACACUUUGAGAGGAAGAAGCUCUAG